AAAUAAAAAGGAGGCUCCUAGUUCUUUCUCUACACACCCUAUCUCGCCCUCGCCGAACCCCUAGCCCAACCCCUCCUGCAACCUCACCGCCGCCGCUAGCCCUCGCCGCUCUUCCGCCGGAGCGCCCACGCCUCCGUCCGCCGAGCUCGCUCCCAACCGAAUCCGCUGCGUACGGGGCCUCUCCUCAUCAACCGCCAUACGGCCUCCUCUUCCACUCCACAGGCGCUUGUGCGUGCGCGUGGAGUUUUUCAGUCGGGUCCUGUGACCGCGCAGGAGGCCCUAGGCGGGCGCAUCCGCCAUGUUCCCACCGAAAGGGCCCAAUCACUACGGGCAGCAACUGCCCUAUGGCGGGCAGCAGCCUUACGGCCAAAUCCCUGUAAGCAGUGGAUUUUCAGCCCCGGCAGCGGCAGGUGGUGCUGAUGGUGGUCGCUUUGGUGCCCGCCCUGGACAGGGGGCUGCUGCGCAGUACGGAGGUCCUUACGCUUCAGUGUUUGGUGCGCAGCAGGUUGGUGGACUUGGUGGCAAAGGUCCGACUUCUUCUAGUCUUCCUAGCUUGCCAACUCGUCCAACUUCACUCUCGUCUGCACCUGUUGGGUCUAGCGUGCCAAGACCAAAUGAUGACUAUCUGGCUGUGCGUGGAUAUGCACAGAAGCUAGACCAGUAUGGCACUGAUUAUACACUAGAGAGAAGGAUGUAUGGUGAACACUCAGCCAAUCUUGGUAGGAGAGAUGGCCCCACUGAUUUGGAUAGAAGAUAUCCCGACCAUAUUCCUGCAGGCCAUCAGAUUCAUGAUCAUAUGGAGCAGGGUUCAUCAGUGCGCCAUCAGCAGCUACUGAAAGCUCAACUGCAGCCUGGAUCAGAUACAAGACAAGCCGAUUACUUUGCAGGAAGGUCCGCUCCAAUUCAUCAAGGAUCCCAGGAAAUUGGUGCAUAUGGAAGAGUUGAAGCUGAUAAUCGCAACAUGUCCAUUCUUGGGACUGCUCCUUAUGGAAGACAGCAGGCAGCUUCAUUGCUGGAAGGAGCUCCUAGGACAAACAUUGAUAGCCUUGUCUAUGGACAAGGGUCAUCAAGCAGCGGUUACAGCACGGGCCUACCUCCUGGACGUGAUUACGCCUCGGGGAAAGGCCUGCUCCAUCCAUCUUCGGAUUCUGAUUACCGAGAUAGCAUCGUACCCCGUGGGCAUCCAGGCAUCUCUAUGGUUGACGAACACAGAGUUGAUCGGAUUAGUUAUCGCCGUGAAAUGGAUCUAAGAGAUGAAGAGCGUAGAAGGGGCCUAUUGCUGGAAAGAGAAAAUGAGCUUGAAUGGGAACGGGAACGAGAGUUACGAGACUUGCGAGACCGUGAAAGAGAAAGAGAGCGUGAAAGGGAAAGGGACCGUGAAAGACUAAGAGAACGUGAAAGAGAAAGGGAGCAUGAACGCGAAAGAGAACAACGUGAAAGAGAACGCCUUCGCGAGCGCCGGGAGAAGGAGAGAGAACGGGAUAGGAAGCAUGGAGCUGAACCAAGGCGGGAGCACACUCCACCUAGAGCUAUUGGUGAUCGACGGCGUUCUUCUUCUGUUAGAUCUGAGAAGCCUUUGCGGCGAAUUUCACCUCGACGUGAUGCUGUGCAUAGGCAUCGUUCGCCUGUUAAAGAAAUAAAGAGAGAAUAUAUUUGCAAGGUUUUUCCAUUUCGCUUGGUGGAUGAUGAGAGGGACUAUUUGUCCUUGACAAAACGAUAUCCUAGACUAGCAAUUACUCCAGAUUUUUCCAAGAUUAUCUUGAACUGGACUAAAGAAAACUUAAAUCUUUCGCUUCAUACACCAGUGAGUUUGGAGCAUGACAUCUAUGAAGUUGAUGAUAGCGCUGACGAAAGAGUAGUUAUCUCUUCUGAGAAAACUUCAAGCACCAAUAGUCCAGCCACCAUUUGGAAUGCAAAGGUAAUUUUGAUGAGUGGCAUGAGCAAAGGUGCAUUUGCUGACAUAACUUCAUUGAGAAGUACUGAGGAACGAGUAGUUCACUUGAACAAUAUCUUAAAAUUUGCUGUAUUCAAGAAGGAUCGUUCUCUUUUUGCAAUUGGAGGCCCUUGGAAUGCAGUACUGGAUGGUGGUGAUCCAUCAGUUGACUGUUCUUGCUUGAUUCGAACUGCCAUCAGAUAUGUUAAGGAACUGGUUCAAGUUGAUCUAUCUAAUUGCAUCCAUUGGAAUCGUUUUGUCGAGGUCCAUUACAAUAGGAUUGGUAAAGAUGGACUCUUUAGUCAUAAAGAAAUUACUGUACUGUUUGUGCCAAACCUGUCAGAAUGCCUGCCUUCAGUGGAUUUAUGGAAGAAUAACUGGAUUGCCUACAGAAAGUCAAAGGCAGAAAGGGAGCAGCUGACUGUGAAGAAGGAAAAUAGCCCAGGUGAUCCAAAAGAUCAGAAGCAAGGGGAGCUGAAUCAGGGUAAAAGUACAGAUGCUGCUCAUUCUAAAGAGGGUGACAUUGACUGCAGUGAUGUGAAAAAUGAGAAAGUUGAUGCUGAUAUGGAUCAGCAGGGUAAAGAUGGAGAGGGUAAGGUUGAUAAAGUUGAGGAAGUCGUUGAGAAGAUGGGUGGGGACGUUGAAGGAAAAACUACUGGUGUUACCUCUGUUGACUAUGUUGUUGAGGAUAAAAAGCCCACAAAAAAGAAAGUGAUAAAAAAGGUUAUGAAAGUCGUACGAAAAAAAACAAAUGCUGGAGCUUCAGCUGAUAAAUCAUCUCAUGAGGACAAGAAUGUUGUAGCAGAAACUGUGAGCGAAACUGCAGAAGUUCACAGUCAACAAAAGAGUGAGGAUGGUGUAAAACAGCAGGAGGGAGCUGGCACCAAUCAGCAGCCUGAGGCAAAGAAAACUGGGAAGAAGAAAAUAAUUCGAAGAGUUGUUAAAAGAAAGGUUGCUGCUUCAGGGUCUGAGUUGACUGCCCCUGCUGUACCUGCUGAAACAAGUAAGCAAGAAGCAGAAGCUCAGCCAGAGAAAAAUGUUGAGAGUUCAACCGGUGCCGGGAGUUCUCAGACUAAGCUGGAAGAAGGGUCGAAAGCUCCUGCUGAAGAUAUCUCUAAUGAGAAGAAAGAAGAGAAGCCAGAGGAAAAGGAGCACACAUUGACUGAUCACCAAAGUCCAAAUGGAGAUGCGGUCAAUCAGAAGGAAGAUACAAAAAAAGAUGGAAAGAAGAAGAUAAAGGAUGAUAAAGAGAAUAAGAAUAGGGACCUCAAGAUCGAUCCAAAGCAAAAGCCACUCAAUGACACUAAAGAAAAGAAAAAGUCUGAUGAACCUCCGAAAUAUCCAGGGUUCAUUCUUCAGGCCAAAAGGAGUAAAGAAUCUAAACUCCGUUCAGCAUCCCUUUCGUUGGAUGGUCUCCUAGACUAUACCGUCAAGGACAUAGAUGAGUCAGUAUUUGAGCUUUCUUUGUUUGCUGAGUCAUUCAAUGAAAUGCUUCAAUACAGAAUGGGUUGUGUUAUCCUGUCUUUUCUUGAGAAACUGUACAGGCGUUAUAUUGUUAAGAGGAAUCAACGGAAGCGUCAAAGAGAGGAAGAUCUAAAGAAAGAAGAGAAGAAAUCCUCAGAGAAGCGACCCAAGACAACUCAUGAGAUUAUAACUGAAAGUACUCCCGAUAAUCCAGGGGAAAAUGAUGAAAUGAUGAAAGAGGGUGAGGAAAAGAUGAGCACAGAUCAUUCAGGAGCUGCCCAUGAUCUGAGAAAAGAAGUUCAGGGAAAACCGAAGACAGAUCAGUCAACCUCUAGCCAUGAUGAAGCGGUGAAAGAGGCUGAGGAAAAGAUAAGCACAGAUCAUUCAGAAGCUGCUCCCAAUGAACCUGAAGCUGAUACGAAAAUGGAGGAUGAAGAUCCUGAAUAUGAAGAAGAUCCUGAAGAAGUAGAAAUAUAUGAAGAUGAUGAGGACAUGGAUGAUGCUCCUGCUGUAGAACCGGUAGAAGGACAGAAUGAAGAUAACUCGAAUAUCAAAGGGGCGAAGCCAGAAGAAGUAGCCCCAGAAGAUGGUGGAAACAAGAAAACAGUGAAGGAGCCUGAAUUGAAAAAUAUUGCUAACAUCCAUGAAAAAUCUGCUUCAGCGGAAGAAAGGCAGUCCAUAGCAGAGAAAGGAGAUUUGGUAGAAGGUGGAGAAAAGGCAGUUAGUAAGGAGGUUAAGACAGCAAAAGAUGAGGUGGCUGAUAAGUAUCUGUUGCAGGCCUUUAGGUACUUUGACCAAAACAGAACAGGUUAUGUCAAGGUGGAUGAUUUAAGGUGCAUUCUUCACAACUUGGGGAAGUUUCUAUCAAACAGGGAUGUGAAGGACUUAGUUCAAAUUGCUCUUGUUGAGAGCAAUUCUUCAAGGGACAAUCGCAUAUUCUAUCCAAAGCUUGUGAAGAUAGUUGACCUCUGAUAUGGCACUGCUGUGAACCCUGGCAGCAGCUGAAAGACCAUCUAUGCGAAGUCAACUACGAGACAUAUUAGUACUAGUUAUAAAGGAGUUAUUUUUCAUUGUGGUUAUCCGUUUGUAUUAUGUCAUAAAGGAGCUGUUUUUCAUUUCCUGGUUGAAUGUUUUUUUCAUGGGAUGAUCUGAUCAUAAACUUAGAAAGCGAUACUUUUUUAUUGGCACCUGGGAAAUUUCAUUCUAUAAACGCGUGCACUGAGAAAACAAACUUUGUACUAAUGCUUAUUGGUGCCAUGAUCUUACUUUC